AUGAGCCAUCAAAAUCUAGAUGUUUGCGUCGUCAUUGAAGAUGGAGAUUUAACCGACGAUGAACCAGGCCCAAGUCGAUCAGUAUUCAGACCAUCUGUGUGCUCUAUGGAGGCCGCCUGGUUUAACCAGUCAUUUCAGCGUCCCUCUGACCAAGUCAUCAACAGUGAUAUUCCGCAAGAUUGUUUGCUGAAGUUCCAAGAGCUGAUCUGGAAUUCUCCUCAUGAUCGCAUGGUCCCUGGAUAUGGUCUGACACCAAAAGAAUUGGCCAGCAUCUCCUCUGACGGAAGAAAAGGAUGGCUGGUCACCUCACACUUCUACUGGCUGUCCCGCACCCUGAACCAGCAACAGCUGCACACCCGCUUCUUUGUGCUGGACCCUGGCAUACGGAAGGCCUCGGUGGAGAAGCUGCUGGGUGGCAAGAGUGUGUGGCAGGUCAAACAGGUCAUCUUCGUCUUGAGUGUGGGCAGACAGGAUGACGGCACUGUGUUUCUGAGCACCGACAAGAUGCAGGGCGACCAUUGGUCUGUUGCUGUUGUCGAUGUGAUAACCGGCAGGGUUUCUUACUGCGACACUUUGGGGUGGCCGGCACCAGAAAACUUCCUUCCAGCUGUCAUUAAAUACACUUACAUCUUGGGUUUGCCGCAUGCAGGCCGACUGUCUGUAAGAAUGGCCCAUAAACCAAACUCAGAGCAACACACCUGUACCCCUGAGUGCACAAACUAUCCACUGCAGACGUGUUCUGAUGUCUGCGGGGUUGUUGCAAUGGUGUGCAUUGCUACAGCUGCUUUUGACAAGAAUCUUUUUGAGUUAUUAAUGACACCGGUCAGUAAAGAUUUGAACCUUUACCUAACAGAUCCAACACUAUACUCAUCCUACCUGCGACAUGUAUUGAUAUACUGGCUUAUCUCCGGUAACAUUGAUAUCAGCAGAAUAAGCUUAAAACCUGGAUUUAGCCCACACUGUCCUGAAAGUAAACCAGCUCUGAAAAGAAAACUGGAAAAUGGCAACAGCUGCAACAGUCCAAAACGUCAGGUCAGAAAUGUUCCUGAUCUCAGGAAUGAUGUUACAUUAAAUGAGUACAUCUUGGAGGCUUUGGAAACAGGAGUGUCAUCUGAGACACUGCUGUCGGAAGUAAGGACACUGUUUGCAGAAGGGCAGUCUGACAGUGAUAACACGAUCAGUAAGUACAUUGGCAAUGUGACAUUUAACAGUGCUAUUGAGAGAAGCAAAGACGAUGCUUGGAGCACAAAGUCAUACAUCAAGGAGCUGGUUUCAUAUCCAAAACACAACCCAAUUAUAUUGUUCAAAAAUAUAGGAAAAGAAAUGUCAACUCUGAGCCAGAAUGAUGCGGUGAUGGCCAUUCAAACACCUUUCCAAAAAGAAAUGAUGAAGAUACAUGGUAGGUCGUGUAUUUGUGUGGAUACCAGGCGAGUCGAAGGGGAUAAGUUCUGCCUAGUCACAGUGUUAGUUUGUGUUGAAGGCUCCCUAGAAUUGCCAGUUGCUUGGCUAAUUACCAACAGAUAUGAUGCCCAGGUUUUGAAUCUGUUUAUUAAAACUUUAAGAAUUAAUGUUGGUGAGCUACACACAGAAAUAUUUCUAGGAGAUACAAAUCAGAAGGUGUAUAAAGUUUGGAUUCAGCAUUUUCCAAAACCUAACAAGACAAUGUUCAACACGUGGGAGGUGCUACAAGGUUUGACAGCUAAAGUAGAGACUCUAGUUCCUGGAGUUAAGGAACAGAAUGACAUCAAGUGUCAUUUAAAUAUUCUUUUAAGAGUGACAGAUAUCAAAUCAUUCAGAGGGUAUUUACAGGCUUUUCUUGAUGUGUUGAAGCCGUUUGAGCCAUUUUUAUCUUACUUCAAAACCAGGUAUGUGGAGGGCAAUAAAGAUGUGUUUUGGGCAAGCUGCUACAGAUGUGCAUCAAACAUGAAAUACAUUCCUUUUCUAACAUCACAUAGUACAGUCCUAAAGGAGUUGGGUUUUUCGGGUAGACACAAAAUGAACAGAAUGGAUGUCAUCAUGCACAAGCUACUGCAGCUAAUCAGGUUUCUUGAAAGCAAGGUUGAUGUGCAGGCAAACCAAGCUCGGCUGGAGCGAGUGGUCACAGCUAUAGAAAAACAGCAUAACAAGCCUAUGGGCAGUCUCGACAUUUUUCAAUCCGCAUCGGGGGAGGAGUGGUACAUCAGAGCUUCUCAUGAAACAAAUUCAUACUCAAUAAUAGAGUCUGGCAGUGCCAGCUGCAGCUGUGAACUGAGGUGCAGAAGCUGCAAGAUUUGUGUGCAUCGUUACAUCUGUUCCUGCUGCGAGUACCUGCUUCUGUCUAGUUCAUGUAAGCACAUACACAUGAUCAAUACAUACAAGAGAAUGAACAGUGUUAUCAACGAUGCUAGUCAAGUUACAUCACCCUCCGGAAGCCCAGACAAAGCCCCAGCAGAAGAUGGCAAGGAUGUUGAGGACCGAGACACACUGAGGGCUGAGACACAGAAACUGCUGGAACAGAUGUUGCAGGCAGUCCCCAAUAUUACAGAUGCCAAAAUCCUGCAGGAUAUUUGUACAUCUAUGGGGAAAUACAUGCAGCAGCAGUAA